GAGGGGCUGUCGCUUCCCCAACAGGUCUUUUGCGGGCCGCUGGCCCCCCGGCCCACCCGCGGAGCACCCCUGGGGCGCAGCGACGCAGGGGAAGCACUCCCCCGCUGGCUCGGCCCCCCGGAGAUGGGGGUUCCCCUUGCCCGGCCGCCGCCGCCUGGCACUCGGAGGAGUUAGACCGGCUAGUUCUAGCCAGUGCAGGGCGGCAUCUUCUCGGGAGCCCUGCCCUCUUCUCCGCGCCAGGGUCUCUGCGCUGUCCCAGCGAAGUUUUCUCGAGGAGCGGCGCCAAGCCCGUCCCGCUUUUGAAUGGGGGGAGGCUGGCUGCAAGGCGUCCCCUUUCCAGGACUGGGGCAGAGUGGUUUUGGCUGGUGAAGCUCUGUCGAGGCCCCGUUCUUCUUCCUCCUGCUCUGGACUCGCAGAGCAAAUCAGUUUCCUGGAGUGCCAAGCGAAGUUGUCCGUGUGCCCGUGUAAUAACGUCAGUGUAAGCUACCCUGAAUAAGUGAGGGAAAUCCAGAAGCGUGGAGCAUAAAAAGCCAGUUCAGGGCUUAAGCUACUUGCAGAAAACAGGGCCAUACAGCUGCUGUUCCAUCUACAUCCCAUUCGAGCCUCCUUACAAAACUGGAGGAAUUUGGGAAACUGAGUGUGUGACCCCCCAACGUGGGAGAGGACGGGAUCAAGAUGGCCAUGUGGCAGGGAGCCAUGGAUAACAGAGGCUUUCAGCAGGGGAGUUUCAAUAGCUUCCGGAGCAGCUCCAGUGAUGAAGACUUGAUGGACAUUCCAGGGACAGCUAUGGAUUUUUCCAUGAGAGAUGAUGUUCCUCCCUUAGAUGGAGAAAUAGAAGAGGACAAGUCAUACAAUGGUGGAGGAAUAGGGUCUUCAAAUAGGAUGAUGGACUUCUUGGAGGAGCCAAUCCCUGGUGUGGGGACCUAUGAUGAUUUCAACACAAUUGACUGGGUGAGGGAGAAGUCUCGAGACCGGGAUAGGCACCGAGAGAUUACCAAUAAAAGCAAAGAGUCGACAUGGGCCUUAAUUCACAGCGUGAGUGAUGCUUUUUCUGGCUGGUUGUUGAUGCUACUUAUUGGGCUCUUAUCAGGUUCCUUAGCUGGCUUGAUAGAUAUCUCUGCUCAUUGGAUGACAGACUUAAAAGAAGGCAUAUGCACUGAGGGAUUCUGGUUUAACCAUGAGCACUGUUGCUGGAACUCCGACCACGUCACCUUCGAAGACAGAGACAAAUGCCCAGAGUGGAACAGCUGGUCCCAGCUUAUCAUCAGCACGGAUGAGGGAGCCUUUGCCUACAUAGUCAAUUAUUUCAUGUAUGUCCUCUGGGCGCUCCUGUUUGCCUUCCUGGCCGUGUCUCUUGUCAAAGUGUUUGCGCCUUAUGCCUGUGGCUCCGGAAUUCCUGAGAUAAAAACUAUCUUGAGCGGUUUUAUUAUUAGGGGCUAUUUGGGUAAGUGGACCCUGAUUAUCAAAACCAUCACGUUGGUGCUGGCCGUGUCAUCUGGCUUGAGCCUGGGCAAAGAGGGCCCCCUAGUGCACGUGGCUUGCUGCUGUGGGAACAUCCUGUGCCAUUGUUUCAACAAAUACAGGAAGAAUGAAGCCAAGCGCAGAGAGGUGUUGUCGGCUGCAGCAGCAGCGGGUGUAUCUGUAGCCUUUGGGGCACCUAUCGGAGGAGUGUUAUUCAGCCUAGAAGAGGUCAGCUACUAUUUCCCCCUCAAAACGCUGUGGCGCUCAUUCUUUGCUGCCUUGGUGGCAGCAUUUACUCUACGUUCCAUCAAUCCCUUUGGCAACAGCCGCCUGGUUCUAUUUUAUGUGGAGUUUCACACCCCCUGGCAUCUCUGGGAGCUCGUGCCCUUCAUUCUGCUGGGCAUAUUUGGUGGUCUGUGGGGAGCUUUGUUUAUCCGCACCAACAUUGCCUGGUGUCGGAAGCGUAAGACCACUCAGCUGGGCAAGUAUCCUGUUGUAGAGGUACUCGUUGUGACAGCCAUCACUGCCGUCCUGGCUUUCCCCAAUGAAUACACCCGCAUGAGCACAAGUGAGCUCAUUUCUGAGCUGUUCAAUGACUGUGGCCUUCUGGACUCCUCCAAGCUGUGUGACUAUGAGAACCGUUUCAACACAAGCAAGGGAGGUGAGCUGCCCGACAGACCGGCUGGUGUGGGAGUCUACAGUGCCAUGUGGCAGCUGGCCUUGACGCUCAUACUGAAAAUUGUCAUCACUAUAUUCACCUUUGGCAUGAAGAUCCCUUCUGGCCUGUUUAUCCCCAGCAUGGCUGUUGGUGCUAUAGCAGGUCGACUUUUAGGAGUGGGAAUGGAGCAGCUGGCUUACUACCACCAUGACUGGGCCAUCUUCAAUAGCUGGUGUAGUCAGGGAGCGGAUUGCAUCACCCCUGGCCUUUAUGCGAUGGUUGGGGCUGCAGCCUGUCUAGGUGGGGUGACUCGGAUGACUGUUUCUCUUGUUGUCAUCAUGUUUGAACUAACUGGUGGCUUGGAAUACAUUGUGCCUCUGAUGGCUGCAGCCAUGACAAGCAAGUGGGUGGCAGAUGCUCUUGGGCGAGAGGGCAUCUAUGAUGCUCACAUUCGGCUCAAUGGUUACCCCUUUCUUGAAGCCAAAGAAGAGUUUGCUCAUAAGACCCUGGCAAUGGAUGUGAUGAAACCCCGGAGAAAUGAUCCUUUAUUGACUGUCCUUACUCAGGACAGUAUGACCGUGGAAGAUGUAGAGACUAUCAUCAGUGAAACCACUUACAGUGGCUUCCCAGUGGUGGUGUCCCGGGAGUCCCAAAGACUUGUGGGUUUUGUCCUCCGAAGAGAUCUCAUUAUUUCAAUUGAAAAUGCUCGAAAAAAACAGGAUGGGGUUGUGAGCACUUCCAUCAUUUAUUUCACUGAGCAUUCUCCUCCCAUGCCACCGUACACCCCGCCCACCCUCAAGCUCCGGAACAUCCUGGAUCUCAGCCCCUUCACUGUGACUGACCUCACACCCAUGGAGAUUGUAGUGGAUAUCUUCCGCAAGCUGGGCCUGCGCCAGUGCCUGGUUACGCACAAUGGGCGGUUGCUCGGAAUCAUUACCAAAAAGGACGUGUUAAAGCAUAUAGCACAGAUGGCAAACCAAGAUCCUGACUCCAUUCUCUUCAACUAGAAUCACAGGCUUGUGCUGGAUAUAAAACAGGAAGGACAUUGCAGACCAUGGAUGUAUUUUGUUAACUGGGUACCCAAAACACAUUUCCCAUAUUUGGAUGGUGAAGUUAUAUUAGUGUGUUGUCUCUUUCCUAUAAGUUAACCAGUUGCACUACAUAAUCUCUGGAAUUUAAUCUUCUCUUUAGGAGAAAAUACAGUUAGGCUUCUGUGGUAUGGCGUUAGGAGGAUUUCCUGAAAGAGUUGAGAUUGCUCUGGUCUGAUUCUUGUUAAUUUUUUAAAAAAUUUAAAACAUAAUUGUUAGCCAAUAUGCAAUCACUGAAAACUAUGCAAGAAAAAUUCCAACCGUCCUGACCUAUAGCCUGCAGGAAACUCAUGAAAAAGUCACUUUUUUUGGGACUCUAACUGUCAUUGGUGGAAGAUGAAGUGUAAACUAAGGGGCUUUGCUUUUCCAACCACAGAAAGGAAAGCCAGAAGGAAAAUAGUAAUGGUGUUUUCCAGACUGUGAAAAUUCAGUUCAAAUGUUAUCUUGUUCCUGUUACAAUAUUUAGCAUUAUUAGUUUGUGUGUGUGUACGUGUAUGUUAAUUUUAAUAUCUGAUGAUAAGACAAUGCUGCUUUGGUUAACCUUCUCUAAAUGAAUUUAGGGAGGUUGACUUUUAUAGCUUGCUUGUUCCUGGUACUCUUUUGAAGUGCACAAAGAUAAGUUAUGGAACUUUCUCCUUGUCUGCAAAAAGGAUAAUUUUCCAGAUGGUAUUUGUUAGCGAGUAGACAAGGACUUUGCCACGAAUUUGUUAGUAGCAAGGAAUGAUUUCUCCAGCUUCCUUGGAAUGAAUGAUUAGUAAAGUUCUAAGCAAAGUCAAUGACUAGGAAUUUCACAUUUUUUUUUGUGAGGUCCCAACUAGUUCUCUUACCCAGAUGCUGCCUCCAUGAGUGAUGGUGCUUUAGGCUUCUGGAAAAUGUAAGAAUAGUAAAGGGAACCAAGUCUAGACUGCAUACUGAUAAACCGGGCAAGAUCCCAAGCUGAAUCUGCAUUCUCAUGCAUUCCUUCGUAAAGACCACCAGUACUAAAAUAACUGGGCACUCAUUCCUCCUCCCAGUGUUAAGUACAUACAACAGGCCAGUGUUGUCCCUGUGAACAUGAAUUUAGGCUUGGGGUACUUUCAGAUCUAUUCGAGGCACUGGAAUUAGGAUAGGCAGCUGCGACUCCCUUGAGGCUCGUUAGAAUUCUAAAUAAAAUGCAGAACCAUCCUAAUACCCAGGGGUGUGGACAAGGCCUGGUGACACCAAAGGUGCUUGUUUAUCCAAUUGCAAAGGUGCCUGUCUCAAUUUUCUACCACCUUUCCUGCAAUAGAAACCAUCACACUGCAGGGACACCUGGUGGAAUCACAGAGCCACCACCAUCAUUCCGACUGAUGCCCGGUUGCAUUUUCUGUUGUUUUCCCCAAGUGCAGCUGCUCCCCCCCCUCCCCACGCCCUGUGUUCCCCUCCAUUCUUUUCUCCUCCCACUCCUCAGUCCCGAGUCCUCUGUUUGGGAUUGAGCGAGUCCUCUCUUUGGGAUUGAGCGUGAUGCCUGGUCAAUCAUUCCUCUCUCAAGAAAUAACUCCCAGGGCUAGUUAAAUUGUAAACCAGGGCUCAGCAGCCUGGCACGUGGACCCGAGGUAAUGCACAGCCAUUUGCUCUGCUCCCUAGGCCAGCUGCUGCUGCCACGCCUCCGUCCCUCUCUGCGCGGUGUCCGCAGCCAGAGACUUAACUGCCAGGGCUGUGAGUGCGGACCUUCCUGUUCUACAGGUCUGUUCCCUGCACUUUGCGCCAUCCUUCCAGCCUGGAACCAGCAGUCACUCGGCGUAUCCUCCCCUGCCCUCCGCCUCCCCUCCUGGAACACCUCAGGGUUCCUCAUUUUAGAAUUUGCUGAGCCCUGAAUCUAGGACUUUUUUUUUUUUUUACCCCUAGUUCUUAUCUUUCCAAAAUCUGAAAUUCUUUUAUUGCCCAGAUCUGGGUAGCCAAGGCUCGUAUUGAUUUUUAUCUUUCAAAUAUCAAGGCACUCGCCAGAGUUUCUUUUCUUUCUUUUUUUUUUUUAAAGUAUAUCACGCUAACAUUUUAGUGAAAGAGAAAAAAACCUCUCUAGGUUAUCUUCUAUUAUAGUCAUGACUCAGUCACUUUAUGUGUUUUGUCCCUUCCAUGCCACUGAUUUCCUCACGUGAGAUGAGGCCGUGGGCCGGACCGCCCCUGUAUGUUGUGUAGAAGUCAUUCUUAUCUGUCUAUUUCUGGUUCACUACCUAUCUUUCCUUAUUAGCCGUCCAGCUAAACUUUGCAAAACAGGAAGCAUUAGUAUUUCUGGUAUUUGAUGACAAAUGUUUGUUCGCAUUUCAUAGCGCGGCAGCGAUAUGGGGGGCGUUUAAGUUUGCCUUUGUGUUUCUUCUGUGCUGUUUUUGAUUUCAGACAGAUGAGCCAGUGUUAAGGUGCUACUUCAGAGAAUUAAUUCGAGAAAUCAGAUAACACUGUGCCAAGGUAUACUUUCUAGAUGCUAAGCACCGAUUGGCCCUCCAGAGAAUAAUACCCUUUGAUACCUCACUCCUGAUAAAUCUCAUUCAUUAACCUCAGCUUCUCAGGAAUCCUUGUAACACGCAGGCUAGAAGUAGCUGUAGUGUGUGGUAUUCAUUAUAUGUCCAGUCCUAUGGUUUGGCUCAAAGGUUGGCUAACUGUGGCUAGAGCUCUCUGCUAGACUGCAAACACUCAAGGGGUUCUUGUCUUCAGGCAAAGGAGAAUGUUCUUCCUGCCAUUGCAGAUUCAGCAGUUGGACAGACUUAACCAACAAAGCCUGUCAGUAGCCUCAAGUGGCCACACACCUCAGUGGCAAAAGACUUAGAUGAUCUGCGAUUUAAAAAUUAAUUUGAGUUGGGACAAGUCUGGGCGUUAAGAAAAGAAAAUUGCCCGACACAAGGGAAGGGUCUACAAAAGAAUGCCAAUAAGUGCUUCAAGAGAGUUAGGCUUUUCCGAGGAAAAAGAUCUGGGGGACAUCCAGUCAUGAGAAGAGUGGGAGUCCGUGGGUUUGUAGAAGUCUAGCUGCUGUACUUUGUAUAGUCAGAUCCUCUACGUAAAGAAUUAAAGAGGCUGAAACAGUUAAUGUGCGGUUAGACCACUGGAGGGAGGAAGCAAGGGACUGGCAAUGCAAACUAAUGGCCACUUUCAAGGUCGUUUCUAUUCCGACACGCUCCUUUUCUGACCCCGGCUUCCUUCUGGCUCAGGCCAGCUGUGGAACAGAGGUGGUACAAUCCACAGAACCGAUAUCCUCUGGUGGCUAAUCUGACAUUGAUGACACUUUGGAUUUGCCAGCUGGCAGAGCAAAUGAUUAAUUUGCUGAUUCAGUCGUUUUGGCAUCAGAGGCUGUAUCUGAACCCCUUACGGGAAGAGCAGAGCACAGUAUAAAUUUCUCUAGCAAGUCUCCAUUUCCGUUGGAACAUGAGAAAGAUAAAGUAAUGGGGAUUUAGUGUGGUCUAAGGCUGUGAAGUAAUUCUUUUUUUUUUUUAAGAUUUUAUUUAUUUAUUUGACAGAGAUACAGACAGCCAGCGAGAGAGGGAACACAAGCAGGGGGAGUGGGAGAGGAAGAAGCAGGCUCACAGCAG